AUGCUCGCUACAGAUAUUGAGAUAGAACUGGCCGCAAUAGGAAGACUUGCAACAAAAAAUCAGAGAAGCAUAAGGAAGAUUCUACAUAGACACAUACUGCGUGCCGGAUUUCCAUACGCUGAAGAAAAAGCAAGUCACAUCGCAAACGAUAAGCCAGACGAACAUAACAAUGACGAGAAGAAUAGUGAAAAUGAUGGAUAUCGCGAGUUCGAGGCUGAAGACACUGAUGUACUACCAGCUGUUGCAGAUGAGAGUCUGACCUUCGCACAGGUCACACUACCAGGAUUGCCUCUGGCAAAGGCAUGCAAUGACAUGAGCGAGGAGCGCCAUCUUCAGAAGUUACUAUCAUAUAAGGACAAUGAGAAGAGAGAAAUCUAUGAGCUUCAUCCAGUACCAGUGCCAGUAAAGAUCAGUUUAAUAACACUUUCCAUUGGCCUGCACUAUAGUUUAGACCUAUCUACUUCACCUUUUGGAAGCCGCUCCACAGGAACGAUUCCUGUGUUCAAUCGCGUUCAGGAAGUCUACAAGAUGGAUACACUCAUAACGGAUACUCAACUCAAUGAAACACUGCCGCAUACCGAUGCUAAUGAAAAGAAACAGAUUGGCUAUGAUGAAAAGAGUUCACCGUUUGGACUUAACGGGAAGUCUACGUCUAUGGAGCCAGAUAAAGUGGAGAGUCUUAAACACAUCGCACGAUCUAAUCCGACAGCCCCUCUCGUGAAAAAUGAAAAUUCUCCAGCCAAAGAAAACAAGGAUGAAGUUCAAGGACCGAAUGUCGAGCAGAUCAGCUGGCAAAAUCCUCCAACAAAAAUCAACAAAGCGAAAGUGUACUUUAUUAUUAUCUACUUGUUUAUGCUGAUAGUGAUGGUAACUCCUAUCCUGCAUCUGGAAAUAUUUGUUGGACAAUAUUGCCAAGCUGGUAUCAUCAAAGCAUGCCAGUUUUAUGGGCCGGCCUACGAAGGCGUUGGUGUCGUUGUGGUAUUUAUAUCUGUGCUCUUUGCGUUGCAACCAAACCAGCGCUCAUAUAUAAAUUUGAAACAUAUGUGGAAUCUUGCUUCAAAUCCGGCAUCUAUAGUAUCGUGCCGGAAAACCGAACUAAAUGAUCCCACUUUGGCCAAUUACUGCACAUCUACGUAUGACACCAAAUAUUGCAAAGACACUGGGCAAGGAGUGUUUUUCUAUGGUGACAAUUGUACCAACGACGUUUUUUCCAUCGGAACACAAAUCAAGGCAUCCUCUCUUUAUUACGAACACCUUACCUUACCUCCCAAUGCUGAUUUUGAUCUUCAUCGUCUCUUUUAUAGUUUCUUCAUCUACUGUUCCCUUGCACUCUGGGGUGUGUGCGGAUUUAAAGUGAUUCGAAUUGUCGCCGCAUUGUCCUAUGUGCUGUUUGCAAUCUUUUAUAUCAUCACCGCAAUACAGUACAUGUCUAUAGCAAAGUUUGGUGCAUUCAUCGGUGCAAUUCUUGAUGCAACUAAUGCUGAAGUUCUCUUCAACAUUGAGACAUAUAUAUUCGCUUUUCAUGCUAGCAUACUGGCACUGGGUGUUGGCACAUCUGGAAUUUUAUGCACAUCAUCAUUUCGAAAUAAAAACAACGAUACUUUUGCGCUUACUUAUGGAAUUAUGGCCAACCAUCUGGUUGUGGCCACACUCAGCAUUUUUAUGUAUCUUAGCAUAAUUAGCUCCCUUGGCUCCACAGGAGGUCAUUUUUUUGGCUCGGAAGAACGUGUACAUGGUUCAAGUGAUUUUUCUAAAGGUCACCAUUUUGUCAUUGCCACGGUAACAGAAGUCCUAAUGGAGAAUAACAAAUCUACAUUUUGGGCAAUAUUACACAUCGGCUGCAUGUCCAUGAUUGGUACCAUCAACUUUUGCGGGCACAUGCUUACAAUCUGUGCUGAAGUUCGUGACAGAGUAGAGCAUCACCGACAACUAUGGACAGCAUGGGCAUUGAUUGCAUUCUGUUUGAUGGCAUUUCUUAUGUCUGUGCCUCGAUCAAUAACGAGCAUUGGUGCUAUAUGGGAUCAAGUUUUGAACCAUUUCACUAAGUAUAUGCUUUUCCUCACAGUAGCAAUGAUGGUGAUAGUAUUUGUACUGAUUUAUGGUACACGCGAAUAUGCCAUUGAUCUCUUACAGCUUUAUCCUAUAAAGGACGGAUAUCGACCAUGGAACUCACCGGCGCACCCUUUUCAUCUCAAAAUUUUUGACUUCGUGGUAUUCAUCUUACUCACAUUAAUGGUAGCAUAUUAUGGUUAUUCAUUAGCAUCGUUUGAUAAUGAUGCAGCUUUCGUAGUGUCCCACAUCUUAAUUGGAGUAAUACUAGCUUCUAUAAUUGGAUGCUUUGCGUACAAUGCUUAUGGCAGUAUAAAGAAAGAUGAGGCCAUUUCUAUGCUUUUCUUCGUAACACCUGAGCAUCCGUCGUAUUGGAGGAUAACCUCACUUGGAAAUGGUAUGGAAGAGGUUAGCGGGGAAUUGGUCUCUCCACGAAAAAUGGACUAGUGUAGUUCUCAUUAAUUAAUGGAUAUUGAAACGAAAUUAUCACAACACCUAUUCAUUGCGUGCAUGGAAAUUUAUACAAUGUUGCGAUCAAUUUCUG